CGCCGGCCGCCGUCGAGGCAGCAUGUCAUGUCCUUGGCGCGCUGCUCUGGCUCCCCGCGCGCGCACGGUCCGCACGUCCUCGGCCACGUGUGUGUGAGUGUGUGUGUGUGCAUCCUUAUAGUUCCUGGAGGAGCAUUCCAUGGUGAGGAUCGGGUGUUCGCAUUCCAAAGUGUAAAUUGGCAUGAGCGGCGCGAGUGAUUUGUGAGUGAUAGCGAAGACUGGAUACACUUACCACCGCACCAAGCAUGAGCCGCCAGAGCCAGCAUAUCCUGUCCAGAUCGGGCAGCGGAGUCAGCCUCAACAUUCUAGAUCUGGAGCAGCUCCGCAGCGCGGUCGAGGCGCUCGAGUACUGCCCCAGCUGCCACAUGCCGUUCGACAAGGGCAAGAAGAGGCGCCUGACGGACUCGUGCGGACACGAGCGUUGCUACGACUGCCUGGUGCGCAGCGAGAGCUGCCCGCAGUGCAGCAUCAAUGAGCUGCCCGCCAAGAAGUCCAGCAUGGGCAGCGGCGUGAUGGCCAACGACAUCCAGCCCAUCUACAACGAGAUCCGCGACGUCCGCGACGCCAAGGACCUCCAGCUCAAGACGGCGGCGCGGAACCGCAGCAACGGCCGCAACGGCCACUUCACCAGCUACAUGCAGGCCCAGGACGGCUCGCGGUCGCCGUCGCCGGCGAUGUCCCCCGCCAUGUCGCCCAGCCCAGGCAGGCUGCCGCGCCACCGGCCCAGGAUCGACCCCAUGACGCAGAGCUGCCCGACGCCGCCGCAGAGCAGGCGCCGCUUCUUCCUGCGCUCGCCGUGGGGGCUCGGACUCCGGCGCUCGCAGGAAAGCGCCCAGGAGCAGCAGGACUCGCAGGACUCGCAGAACGCCCUCUCCGACGACGACACUGUGAAGCCGCUGACGAGCGCGGCGGCCGCGCGCUGCAAGUCCGCGCAGAGCGCGCAGAGCGACCUGUACAUGCGGCUGGGGCUGCUGCUGGGCUCCUCCAACAGCGGCCUCGCCCAGCACGGCCAGCACGGCGGCAGCGCCAGCACCGUCACCACGGCCGCGCAGGUGCACUACCCCGCGUCACCGGAGCUGCCUCUCCGCCCGGCCAGUGGGGCCUCCAGUGGCGCCUCCAGCAAGCGGGGCUCCACCCACGGCUCCAACCACGGUUCCAACCACGGUUCCAACCACGGUUCCAACCACGGUUCCAACCACGGUUCCAACCACGGUUCCAACCAUGGCUCCACGCUGGGCUCCGUCUCGGGCAAGCGGUACGGGUCGCUGCAGGAGUCCUGCGCCUCCUUCUCGUCCCUGGGCAGCCUGGACGCGCACCAGCACCUGCAGUCCAGCAACACCAGUCCGGUGUCCACCCUCACGGGUUCCUCUGAGGCUGACACACAUCUGAGGUCCAUGAAAGAGCCAUCCUCUGACAGCAUAACUUCAUUGAUGUCUAUGUCAGCCCAUAGCAAUGCGUCUUCUAGUCCUGUCACCAGACGCCACUCUGUAACAACUUCUCAACCUGGAAAUAUUGAGGAACUUGGACUGUUCAGAGAGAGGAGGAACUCAAUUCGGAGGUCUGCUCGAAGUGGCACCAUAAAAGGUCCUAUAGAUCCCAAGAUUCGCUUUGCUGCAUACCGACCUCCACCUCAACAGCCAGUUACUCUGAAGCCACUUUUCUUCGAAGUGCCUCUUCAAGAAGCGGAACCCCUUUUCAUUGGGAGACACUGGCUGGUGCGAGAUUUGGCGGAGGUGUUGGAGUCUCAUGACCAGGGAAUUAUAAUUUCUGGUAAUCAAGGAACUGGUAAAACUGCUAUGGUGCUCCAAUUAGUAGACUAUAGCUGUUUUGGAAGAAGGCAUGAACCUUUAUACCAGGACCAUGAAAAUAUGCCUGAUGAUAGUACUCAGGGUAUUUACAGUCAUCCUCAUCUAGUCUGGGAGCGAUCUGAACGUGUAGCAGAACGCUUAGCUCUGCGUCAUCUUGCAGCUCAUGUUGUAGCCUAUCACUUUUGUCAAGUCGACAAUCAAAGUAGCUGUCUAGUACCAGAUUUUAUUCACUCAAUAGCUGCUCAGCUAUGCCAAGCUCCUCAAUUAAUUGCAUAUCGUGAACUUCUUCAAAGUGAACCACAUUUGCAGGAUGCUAUUUGCAUGAGAGAAUGCAUCGCAAAUCCCGAUUUGGCUCUUAGUCGAGGUGUUCUGGAACCCCUCAGCUCUCUCAGAAGGGUUGGCAAGAUUCCACCUGAUACUUGUCUAAUAUUGAUCGAUGCCAUUGGUGAAGCAGAAUAUCAUCGAACAGAUAAUGGGCUUUCCUUAGGCUCUUUCCUUGCGAAACAUAUUCCUGAUUUCCCUCCUUGGCUCAAAGUUGUUGUUACUGUAAGGACACAGUUACAGGAAGUGUCAGCUGGCCUUCCUUUCCAUAAUAUUAGCCUUGAUAAAUUGAACAAUAAUGACAAUCUACAGAAAGACUUACAUGAUUAUGUAACCUACCGAGUGAAUAACUCCCCUGGUAUACAGAGCAACAUUGGUGGCAGCUCAGGAUCAACCUCAGGCAGCAGUACCCCUUCGGGAAAAACAGAGCAGAGCCGGUUUUGCCAACAUCUCUCAGGUCUAGCAAGGGGAUCCUUCUUGUUUGCCAAACUUACAUUAGACCUCAUAGAAAGGGGCCAUCUAGUGGUGAAGUCAUCUUCAUAUAAAGUGUUGCCUGUUACAUUAGCUGAAAUAUUUUUACUGCAUUUCAAUCUGCGGUUUCCCACUUUGAGAUCUUUUGAAAAGGUUCAGCCAAUUCUGAGUGUGUGCCUAGCAGCGCUCUAUCCUCUGACAUUGCUGGAACUUUUUUAUUCUGUUAAUGCUCUACUCACUGAUUCUUAUUUGGCGUGGGAAGAGUUUGUCCAAAGAUUUAAUAUGCUAGCUGCACCUGGCCUUUUAGUCAAACGCAGAGACAAUACUUACAUGUUUUUCCACCCAUCCUUCAGAGAAUGGCUGAUUCGAAGAGACGAGAAGGACAGCAGUAAAUUUAUGUGUGAUUUGAGAGCAGGCCAUGCAGGGAUAGCAUUUCGCCUUUCUCGAGUGCAGGCACCUUUGGGUGAAGAGCACACCUUAGAGCUGGGCCACCAUAUUCUUAAGGCCCAUCUGUACAAGAAUAUGACUUUGCAUCGCUAUUCUUCAAGGGAACUGCAAGCUCAUUGGGUCUCAACGAGCUCAGCUGAUGUAUCUGCUGCACUGUGUUCCCUGCGGAACAUUUACAAUCCAAAUGUCAAAGUGUCAAGGCUUCUAUUGCUGUCUGGCGCUGACCCCAACACUGUGACUGACUUCCAUGGAAGGGCCCCUGCCCUCUGCAUGUUCGCUCUCGAGGGCAAUGCUGAAAUGGUGUCGCUGCUGCUGGAGUUUGGUGCGGAUGUGGAACAAACCAACAGUCAGGGCUGCACUGCCUUGUCCCUUGCUGCCAUGCGAGGCCAUGCUGAGGUUGUCCGGCAGCUUGUUUCUGCUGGAGCUAGUCUUGGCCAUGCUGAUAUGGCUGGUCAAUGUCCUUUGGUCCAUGCAGCUCGAAGUGGCUGUCUGCAGGUAGCCGGAUACUUACUAAGCUGCGACUGGGUCGUCAACAACUGCAGCGAAGUCAGCUUGGGAGAAGCUGUUCAACAAGCUCUUAUCGCUGCCUCUGCCCAAGGCCAUAAUGAGUUAGUGGAGUAUCUGCUGGAUAUGCCUGAAGUCCAAGUAGAUGUCUCAGACACACUCACUGGAGAAACAGCUCUAACAAUUUCGGCAAUGAAUGGAUGCCACAAUGUCAUAUCAACACUCAUCCAGCGAGGAGCAACUAUUUCAACUACAAACAGAAAGGAACUGUCAGCACUUCUCCUAGCAGUGAAAGAGGGCCACUGGGCGGCCUCUGAGUGGCUAUUGCAGCAUCAUGCGCCCUUGGAGCAGACUGAUACCAGUGGCAGGACUGCGCUGAUGCUUGCGGCUGCUGAGGGUCAUGUGGGAUUAAUCGAGCUCCUGCUCGAUAAAGGAGCCUGCAACACAUCUCAAGACAAAGACGGUCUGACAGCACUUAGCUGGGCCUGUGCUCGCGGCCGCCUCCAAGCUGCACAGUGCCUUGUUGAAAGGGGAGCAGCAGUUAAUCAUGCAGAUAAAACAGGACGCACACCGUUGGACCUUGCUGCGUUUCAAGGAAAUGCUGCUCUUGUAACAUUGUUGAUGGAGAAAGGUGCUUUGAUUGAACAUGUUGACAUCCAUGGCAUGCGUCCCCUGGACAGGGCAAUUGGUUGUCGAAAUGUUCAGGUGGUGCAGUGUUUCUUGAGGAAAGGAGCGAAGUUGGGUCCAGCAACUUGGGCCAUGGCCGCUGGCAAACCAGAAAUUAUGCUGGCUCUUCUCAAUAAGCUCCUGGAAGAUGGCAACGUUCUUUACCGCAAGCUCAGAUUGACAGAGGCUUCUCACAGAUAUUCAUAUGCCCUGAAAAAGUUUCCCACUGAAGCAGAGUUGGGUGAUUCCGGUGACAACAUAGCAACCUUCCAGCAGUUACGAAUUAACUUUUUGUUGAACUUGUCUCGCUGCAAACGAAAGAUGAAUGAUGCUGCAGAAGCAAAGGACUUGGCAUGCCAAGUUGUAAAGUUAAAACCAGGGUGUUAUGAAGCUCUCUAUGCCCGUUCUAAGGCAAAUAUUGACCUGAUGCUUUUAGAUGAGGCUUUGGACGAUGCCCAAGAAGCACUUCGUGUAGCACCUCACACAAAUAGAGACGUACGACGGGUACUCCUUCGUCUUCGAGAUGACAUUCGUCAAGCCAUUUCACCCUCAGAGAAGCCUUGUGGCUCAAAGCUUGGGGCCUCAGUUGACACCCUCGCAGACCCAGAGACUCGCCUUUAACCUGCGUUAAUGGCCAUAUUUGCAUGACUGAAUUUUAGUAAUUGAUGGAUCCUUUUGGGUCAGCCAUAACCAUAGCACGUUUGAAAAGGCUCAGUAAUUUUAAUUGCUGCACAUUGAAACAAGUGAUGUGAUACGAGGCACUCCUUUCAUUCACAGCCUGCAAAUGGGUGCUGAAAACGCAAAUGCCUUUAGGGGAUUUUAUAGCACCUUUUCAGCUGGCUGGAUUAAAAAUAAAAGGUAAAGCCAGUGUAAAUUUUUGGUUGUUGCUUUCUUGAUUUCUGAACUAAGCCAAAAGAUUGUUUCUAAAAGAUAUUUUUAUCUGUUUCUUUUAUCUUUUGUUACCUUUUCUUUUCUCUUUCAUCCAUGUAGCAAGGGAUUCUUUUCAAAAAGUAGAACAAAGCUAUGAGGAAAGUAUGAUCUGUUUGAAUGUGAUGCUGUAAUUAAGGCUACUUGCUUCCUUUCCCCUGAGAACUUUCUUGUUGUUAUCGUUAAAAAAUUAUAUUAAUAGUAUUAAGUGUCAACAAAUAUAUAAUGUUUUAUGUGAUUGUUAUCUUUGAGAGUAUUCUUGUAAACAAGAUUUACUAAUACUCCCUAACUUAAGUAUUUUAUUAUGUGGCAGUUAUUGUAUGAUUAUUUAUUUGUUUGAAUCAUUUUCUGUUAAAUCUAAGCUUUAAUACUGAAUGCUCAAAGAGCAUAUGAAGUUUUUAUGACUUUUUAAAUAAAAUUUGUGUUCAUCUGACUGCAAAGAAAAUUUAUCUGUGUAUGGAGUUUGACUCUUAGAUCAAUUAUGGCCAGUGACUCUACUUAUGAAUGUUUUGUUGAAAUUUUUAACUUCAGUAUAUUGCUUUGUUAACAUAUUAUAUAUCCAAGCUGAGUUUUUGUUUCUCCAGAACAAGCAACAUUUAGUCAGCUUAGGAAACUUUACAAGAAUUCUUUUGGUGCUUUUGUAUUUUAGGAAUCUGAGGUUGACAUUGUAUCCAGACUGCAACUUCUACAAGUUAAUGAGCUUUGUUUGAAUAACUCACUCUAUUCUAUCCUAAAUGGUUGUUGAAAUGACUUCUAUUAAGCAUUGUUUCAAUCAAUUUCACAUUGAAACUGUGCCCAAUAGAUGUCAGUUCAACUUUUGAACUGUCCUCCUGUGGGGAAUAUAUUCCAUAAUUCAGUUUGUGAACUUCGUUUAGAUGAAUUCAAGAUCUUCUCAAAUCCUUGAGGAAAAUCAAAAGGAACAUGUCUAAGGUGUGAGCUUGAUUAUUAGUUUUGAGCAUUCAAAAUUUUGGUACAGGAGGAAUAAACAGUAAUACAGCCUUCACAUAAUGUAUAUUUGUUUGCUUUUGAACUUGCCUCAUUUUCCAGUUUGAGAAGACUUUUUUAGAUACCAGUUUUUUAAUUUUUUGUUUUGAUUUUUUUUUCCUUUUUUAAAAUUUUUGUUUUCUUUUAUAGAUUGAAUCCAUUGCCUUGCAGACUGAGAUUCUGAUGUGAUUUUAUAAAGCUUAUGUUUCCUACUUGUCUAUCCUUAUUCUUUCCAUGUUGUAGAGAAAUAUGUGCUUCUUGCACAUUUUUGUUUCUGUAAAAUAUGUUACGUUGCCUUCCUAUGACUGUUAACACUGAUUGUAUUGUGACUUCCUACUGCUGUACAAUCCUCUGUAGACAACAAAGUGGAAUAAACAUUUGACGCCAAGA